AUGACAGAAUACGAAGAAGCCGAACACGAUACUUUCGCUGCAGUCCAACUGUCCGAAGGUAGAUCCCUGGCACCGUCAACCGAGCCGGCUGAGACGUCCACCGCCCAGCCGGUAUGGGAGGCUCCAGCCUAUGACUUUGGUUCACAAAGCCUACCGCCACCACCGAGAUGGUGUGUGGACGGCUCAGCGAUUCUGACGACCUCCGAGGACCGCACCGUCCGAGUGUACUUCACACCUGAUAGCGCGACCUCCGACCCUGCAGCCGAGCUCAAGCCUUACCUCGACCUGCCACAAGCCGCACCGGUGCUUUCAGUGCUCUGGUACCCUACAGGGACUCCAUCGGCGCCUGGGGGCUUUUGCUUUGCUGCUACGAUCCGAGACUCGCCAGUUAGGCUCAUAGAUGGCCUGACAGGACUAACUCGCGCAACAUAUCCCAUCGUGGACCACAGAGAACGCUUCAUUGCGCCUUUCUGCUUGGCUUGGAACCCAAGCGCAACAAAGUUAUACUGCGGGCAUGAGAACGCAAUAGAGGUGCUCGAUAUCUCCGCUCCAGGGUACGACACUUCUGAGCGGAUCAAGACGACCUUGACCAGAGGAGACAAGGGCGGACAGAAAGGCAUCAUAUCGGCGCUCGCGUUCUCUACCGACUACUCCGGUUCAUAUGCUGCUGGGUCGUUCGGAGGCUCGGUCUCGCUCUACUCAGAGGAUGAGGCUGGUGCGGUCGGGCAUCUCGAGGGAGUCGAGGGUGGCGGGGUUACUCAGCUCGCCUUCCACCCCUUAUCGCCCAACCACCUCUUUGUCGCCUCUCGCCGCUCAUCCCUUUUGCAAGUCUUCGACCUCCGCAAUCCUACUCAGCCCUUCCACUCUUUUCCUCGACAAGCGAGCUCCAAUCAGCGGAUGUCUUUUGACCUUGACCCAUGGGGUCGCUGGCUGGCUAUUGGGGACGAGACUGGAAAAGUUGGGAUAUGGGACGUUGGAGGCGGUGGUCAAUGGGGCGAGAAGCUGUGGGAAGCUCAAGUCGCGAAUAUCGGAGAUGCCAUCAGCUCGGUCCAAUUCCAUCCUCUCAAGCCAUCACUCCUUGUGUCGUCUGGAUCAAGGCAUGUCGACUUGCGUAUCGCCGACUCUGACUCAGAUUCGGAUGAUAGCAGCUACGAGGAUAGUAGCGAGAGUGGGGAUCCAUAUCUGGCCGGGUCAAGCGGGCGUAGGGAGCAGUCGAUCAAUGGGCGGACAGGUGCGGACGAUCAUGUUAAAGCGGGAGGAAUGAGGGCGGGACUGGGGAUUUUGGACUUUGGUCAAUCUGUAUAG